CUGGGGGUCGUGAGUCUCUUUCUUUUCAUUUCCUCCAUACCUUGCUAAUUCGCUUCGUUCUCCGAUUCGCCUUUCAUUCAUUCGUUCAUUCCUUCAAUCAAUCUCUUAUUCUGCGUUGGCUUGUGCUCUUCCUCCCUCUCUCGAUCCCUGCUCAAAAUUACCCUUUUGCCCCCCUUCCCUCCCUCCACCAACAACCAGAUCCAUUCUCUGACUCCCUCUCUUAUUUAACUCAACCCCCCACCGUCCCCGUCUUCCGAUUCAAUCAACCAAAACCCUCAAUCCUCAAAACCCUAGAACAACCAACAACAACCGCCGCCCCCUCUUUCCCCACAGAUCCUCAAUCUAAUCCAAUUGCUCCAUAAUCCCAACUCCUCCUUCUCCUGACACCGUUGACCACACUUCAGCUCCACCAAACUCUCCUUUUCUUUCUGCGUACAGGAAUGUUGGGUACUGGCUUGAACUUUGGGCGUGCCCGCGGAGACGAUCGCUUCCACGCGCCGGUCAGGCCUCGCCGCUCAUUCCAAGGCGCUGUCGACAGCGAUAGGCUCCGCAGAGCUCAUAGUGACGUAUCGUCGAGCCGGUCGUCCGUUCGGGAUAAAUCCGCGGAAUCGGUUCGGGAGCCUUGAGCAAUCUGGAGCGGUUCUUUCAGGCGAUCACGCCCUCUGUGCCUGCUCAGUAUCUUUCUAAGCGGACCAUGAUGAGAGGCUUUAAGGCGUGCGAUGUGGAGUCUCAGCCUUACUUUGUUCUUGGUGACUUGUGGGAAUCUUUCAGGGAGUGGAGCGCAUAUGGUGCUGGUGUACCGCUUGUAUUAAACGGGAAUGAGAGUGUUGUUCAAUAUUACGUUCCCUAUCUUUCUGGAAUUCAAAUUUACACUAGUGGGAAGCCUUCUGUAAAGUCAAGGCUGCCAGGUGAGGACAGCGACAGUGAUUUCAGGGACUCAAGUAGUGAAGGUAGCAGUGAUUGUGAACCUGAGAGAGGAUUGAAUUACUUGAGGGAGCAAUGGAAUCAUCCACACCUGCCAGAUGAGAUUAAUCGUCAGAUGGGUGGAUUAUCAUUGAGAGACCACCACACACUCCGACAUGAUGGCUUUUCUAGUGAUGAAGGCGAAUCUGUCAAUUCACAGGGCUAUUUGCUUUUUGAGUAUCUUGAAAGAGACCCUCCUUACAGCCGUGAGCCUUUGUCUGACAAGAUAUUGGACCUUGCUUACCGCCUUCCAGAACUGGUGAAUCUGAGAAGUUGUGAUAUACUAUCGUCAAGUUGGAUAUCUGUAGCAUGGUAUCCGAUUUACAGGAUACCCACUGGUCCAACUUUGAAAGAUCUUGAUGCAUGCUUUCUAACUUACCAUUCUCUUUAUACACCUGUGGGAGGUACACAACAAAGGGUGCAGGCACCUGUAAUGUCACAUACUACUGAGACAGAUGGUGCCCCUAAAAUGUCUUUACCGGUGUUUGGUCUUGCUUCAUACAAGUUCAAAGGAUCUCUGUGGACUCCAAACGGUGGACAUGAGCGCCAGGUGGCUACCUCUCUUUCACAAGCGGCUGACAAGUGGUUGAGACUGCUUCAGGUCAGUCACCCUGAUUUCAUGUUUUUCAGCCGCUGAGGAUUCUCUAAGGUGACUGUAACAAUUUUAAUUAAGCCGUUUGAGAAGUGGAUCUAGUUGUCUGCCAUUACCAGCUUGGCCCAUUUCUUAGAUACAGUACUUGAUGAAGUGAGAGUAUAUCAUGUAUUUGACAAAGAAAAAAAAAAGAAAAAAAAAGGGAAAAAAGAAAAACAAAAAGAUGUCAGGCCCUGUCCUUUGUAGUUCCUGCUAUGUUUCCUUCUUUGAUAAGUGAAACAAUGGAAGCAGCAAAGCUCUGGACAAGCAUCCUCGACUGUUAAGGCUACUCAGAAUUUGUUCAUGGCGGAUGUACAGGCUAAAAAGCAGCUUAGCAAUCGCAUGGUUUUGUUUUGCUGACAUCAAUGAUUUUACCCACAUCAGUUGUUUGUUGUAAUUUUGCAACUAUAUUUAUUUUAUGGUGGCAUGUUUUUGUUAAAGAGAACAGGCUUCUUUUUUGUGUCCUGAUGAUCACCAUAUAGGACCCGGCUUUAGUGUAUUGGGGAAUUUUACUGGUAAUGGUAUUAGAAUUGCCCCAUCUCUGUAUUUGAAUUGUAACAAUAACAUUUACGUAUCUUAGCUGCUUUACAUGUAGGAACCGUCAUCUUUUCUUCGUAA